AAGGGAAAAAGAGGGAGAGGGAAAGGGGAGCAUCGAUGGCAGAUUAAAGAUUCCUGUAGCGAGUUCAAUAAUAAGUCCUCCACCACACUCAGAUCUGCGAGUCUCUGUAUUGUGUAUACUGCUGCAAAUUCGAUGUUCAAUUCCCAAUUUCUAUUUUCAAAUUCUCAGAAUUUCAACGGUUUAAUUUUAAGUGUAUGAGAUCUGAGCAGAAAUCAUAAUUUUCCAUCGCACCGGAAGCCGGAACCCUAACCGAACCUGAUCCCAAUCUCCGAUGUCUUGUUUAGCGCUUUCUCUGCAACCCGCAAAUGGAUCCGACAUUCUCCUCCAGACGCGCGAGUGGUUCCCUCCCUCACGCGCCCUCGGCGCCCUCUCCGCCUUCCGCCACACGCGCCGCGCCUUCGCCUCCAACAAGCACUCGGCCCCUGACGACGCCUACGCCGCGGAAUCCAUCGGCGACGACCCCCUCGCUGCGUCCAGCGGCCAGGUCAUCGUCGGCGUCGAGAGCCGCUACCGCGUCGUGUACCGCCUCGUGAACGGCAUCUACGUCCUCGGCAUCACCGUCGCCGACCACGACAACUCCGUGAACGUGUUCGAGUGCAUCCACAUCGUCAACCAGGCCGUGAGCGUUGUCGUCACGGCGUGCCGCGGCGUCGACGUCACGCCGGAGAAGCUCAGCCGCAAGUACGCAGAGAUCUACAUGGCCCUCGACAUCGUCCUCCGCGGCGUUAGCAACAUCCGCCUCGCCGCCAUGCUCGCCACCAUGCACGGCGAGAGCAUCGCCAAGAUGGUCCACUCUGCCAUCGACACCGAGAACAAGAUCCGCGGCGCCGAAACAUGGCCCUCCGCGGAGGUGCAUUCCCUCGAACACCAGGCCGGCAUCGACGCCUUCACCACCGCGACCUUCGAAUUGCCGCCGGAGACGCUCAAGGCCGGGGACGAGGUCGCCGCCAGCCUCGCCCCCGCUGCGCCGGAGCCUCAGGAGGAGCCGCAGCAGAAGCAGGAUGAAUCUCAGGUGGAAAAGGAUCCUUUUGCCGCGAGUGAUGCAAUUAACAAACCACAAGAGCUUGUUGAAGGGUUCAAGAAAACAAAGGAUCCUUCUAGUACUGAUUUAACCUCAGCUUUGGAGGGGCUUGAUGUGACCACAUUGCCCCCUCCUGAGGCUACUCAAUCCACGCAAAUAAAUGUGGAGGGUUUUGAAGGGAACUACGGCGGAGUUGAGUUUGGGCAUGAACAAGCUUCUAUUGGAGAAGCUUUUGAAGGUUUCAAUGAUGCUUGGGGUGGUGGACUUGAUCCUUCUGAGUUUGUGGGUCCAACCAAGCCUAAUAAGCCGCAAGGACUUGGUGGGGUUGAAUUGUUGCAGACUGGGCCUGAUGCUGCUCCUAAAGCAGCGGCUGAAAGUGGUGCCGGAACUCCGCUGGAGAAUUUGUUGGUGAAGAAAACUGAGAUGAGGGGUCCUGAGAUGUAUAUCUCGGAGGAGAUUAGUGCCGAGUUUAGAGAAUCGUUGCUUACCAGGGUGGGAUUGAUGGGUGUUGUUUACCUCAGAACUUUGCCACCCAAAACUGCUGGUGAUAAGGAAACUGAAUUUUCGUUCCGAAUUGAGGGAACAGAAGCUGUUAAAAGAUUUGUUAUACAAAGUUCGCGUGUUAGUAGCCUUGGUAAUGGGAUGUUUCAUGUGAGGACUGCAGCCUCUGAGGAGCCGAUACCCAUUAUGAAGUAUAGUUUGGUUCCUAGUCUGACGCCUUUGCCUUUGAGGGUUCGACUUACAAAACGACAUACUGGGAGUUUGCUUUCUGUGAUGAUACAAUAUGCUUCAAACCCUGAUUUGCUAGUUCCCCUGCAUGAUAUUACAUUCACUCUGAAACUGCCUGUUGACCCUACACUGUUGAAGGUUUCUCCAAAAGCUGUGUUAAAUAGGACUGAAAGAGAAAUUAAAUGGGUUGUGCCAGAGAUUCCAUUGAAGGGCUCUCCUGGCAGGUUGAGAGUACGGAUGCCGGUAGAUUCUAACGAAGAUGAUGAAGAAAUUGAGGUGGUUGGUUAUGUGAAAUUUUCUGAGCGAGUAACUCAGUCAUUGUCUGGAGUUUCUAUACGACCUGCUUCAGAUGGUAAGACAGACUUCUACGAGGUUAGUCACAGACUUGAGAGUGGGGUAUACAUGUGCGAUUGAUUUUGUAAUCAUAGUUGAUUAAUAGGGGUUGUACUUUUUCAUUUUUUGGUCAUGAGAUUUAUGGUUUGGUUGUGUUUAUAGCAUUCUUGGAUAUGGAUCAUGUACCUUGAACUCUGGAAUUAUCUGAAAAUCUUUGUUUCUCUGUUGUUAUGGCUGUGAAUUUACAUCAAUGGAUUGUAUUUGGUCUUCACAAAUCACAAUA